AUGGCUCAGCAGCAGCCACACCGGCGUUACGAGGGUUACGUAUACCCUACCGAGUUCCAAUCCACGCCGACGGGCAGUCGCGACAGUGGUGGCGGUGCCUACUUUGGCAGAGAGCGGAUACCAUCCCCCUCUGCUGCCUCACUCUCCGGCGCCACCGGCCUCGUUCGGCGCUCUGUGCAACACACCGGUGCCGCCGCUGUGGCCACGGCGUCCACCGGUGCCAACGCUACCGGCUACCAGGGCUCGUACGGCUACUUCCACGGGCAGGGCAACAGCAUUGACAUCACCAGCGGCUACAACAGCGAUGCCGGGAGCUCGACGUCAAACCCGCUAUACGGAGGCGGCGGCAGAAGCGGGUACAUAGUCCCGAAUACCUCGUCACAGCACCAGGAGGUGGUGGUGGGGGCUAGCCGAAGCUCCGCUGGGGCGUCGGGUGCGAACUCUACAGAGCCUUCGCCUGGUAUGUGGGCAGCAGAGCCCGGCGUGAACAGCCUGACUCCGAGCGGCCGUCAGCUCUCACAGCUUCCGCCGCGACUGCAUGAACCUGGCAUUUUCCAGCCCUCCAGCGACGGCAGCGCCACCUCAAUCACGAACAGCACCAUCGGCAGCAGCUCAGCGCGUCCACCGGCUCAGCAAGCGUUCCUGCCGUCGGACCCGUUAAUGCAGCCCCUGCCGCUUACUGCAUCGCAGCACCGUCGGCAUCAUUAUCAGCAGCAGCCAUACGUAGUGUCGAUGCCGUCGUCGCCGUCCAGCAACCUGCAGCGGGGGACGGCAAGCGGGGCGGUGCCGCCGGAGGCUGCAUUUGUGCAGCGCAGCGGUUCGUGCGCGGCGAGCCCUAUCCAUAUGAGCGGCCCGCGCAUGCCAGCUGCCUACGAUGCCUCGGCCAGCCCGAACACUGCCGGCGGCGCUGUGUUCGGUAACCGCCGCACGAGUGGUUUUUUGGGUCGCUUCCUAGCGCAGGCUUUGCCGGUGCUAGACGGCAGUGCCGGAGACCCUGGCAGCGGGAACGGGGCUGGCAGUGCAGCCCCCAUCGGUGAGCGUCCCCUGCAUCAGCUCCGCUUUGGCAACCCCGCCGAUGACCUGCCGUUGCUCGAGGAACUUGGUAUCUUUCCCCGGCAUAUAUGGGACAAGGCGCGUGCCGUGUUGAACCCCUUCAAGCCAAUCAGCGUCGACGCCGCGAAGGACACCGACUUGGCAGGCCCCGUCUUCUUCGCCCUGUCGUUGGCGGUGUUGCUGUCACUGCGUGGCAAGAUACAGUUCAGCGCGAUCUACGGCCUUUUCAUGCUCGGCGUGGGCUUCUUCAAGAUGCUCCUGUCACUCAUGCAGCCGCGUGGCGGUGUCCCGCUACAAUUUGUUGCGAGUACGAUUGGCUACGGUCUACUUCCGACGGUGCUGCUCGCCUCCGUGCGCACCGUUGGCUCGUGGGUUAUGGGUCUCCGCGGCGUGCUGCCACUGACGCUGCUGAUGGUUGCGUGGUCGGCGUGGUGCGGCACGACCCUUGUCGCGAAGGGGCUAGGGAUGGAGGAGCAGCGCUACCUUGUUCUGUACCCGAUGCUUCUCUUCUACUCCACCUUCAAUGUUGUGGCUGUGUACUAG